CGCGAAGCCCUUAAGUCUGCGGGUGGGCGCAGGGCGAAGCGAGGCAGCAGCACCCGCAGCCAUGAGCAUCCCCAUCGCCAAGUCCUUCUACGACCUGAGCGCCACCUCCCUGCAGGGGGAGAGGGUGGAUUUCAACGUGUUCCGGGGCCGCGUGGUCCUCAUCGAGAACGUGGCAUCGCUCUGAGGCUCCACGGUGCGGGAUUACACCCAGCUCAACCAGCUGCAGGCCCGCUACCCGCGGCGCCUCGUGGUGCUGGGCUUCCCCUGCAACCAGUUCGGCUGCCAGGAGAACAGCACCAACGAGGAGAUCCUCAGCAUCCUGAAGCACGUGCGGCCGGGGGGCGGCUUCGAGCCCAACUUCACCCUGUUCCAGAAGUGCCAGGUGAACGGCGCCGACACGCACCCGGUCUUCGCCUACCUGAAGCUGCAUCUCCCCGCUCCGGCCGACGAGGCCGGGAUCCUCAUGGCAGAGCCGCGCUUCCUGGCCUGGAGCCCCGUGCGCCGCUCCGACAUCUCCUGGAACUUCGAGAAGUUCCUGGUGGGACCCGAAGGGGAACCCUUCCGGCGCUACGGGCCCCGCACGGCCACGGCGCAGCUGGAGCCCGACAUCCAGCGCCUCCUCAAGCUGGCCAAAUAGAGCCCGCAGCGCACCCGCUGCAUCCCGAGGGAUGCUCCCGGCUCUCUGCAGUGUGAUGGUCCCCUCCGAAACGGGCGCGGGGAGGGGGCUGGAUGGGGGCAGAGAGAGGGAGGCAUUGGG